UUUCAGGAAUAUCCCUUCCUAGCAUCAUGUUGUUCGCACGUUCGGCAUUACUAUCGACGGUCCUAUUAUAUGUGAUAGCCUCCCAACGCACCCUGUUGAGGGUAUCCCAUCGCGGAAACUCACUCAAUGUUCGUCUUCUACCGGAUAUGGUUGCGCAGGCAUUGACUGCAUCUGCUGGAAGGAAACGUUUCCUCAGCCAAGACGACCUCGACUGUGAACGAUGCUUCACGCAGGAUGGUAUGGUCUAUGACUUGAAGGCAAUAGGGGUCCAGAUUGUAGAGCCGACAUGCUCAGUUGGUCACAAUAGUAUUCUGAACUACUUGAAAAAAGCCGCAGAUAUGCUGGGCAUCGAAUUUGAUUGCGAGCCCGAUGUGAAGAUCAUCCUGGAUCCUAUCCCCAGUAUGGUUCAAGCCUCAGCUACUUGUACUGGUGGCAAUCCUGUUCUCGGCACCAACGACCCCGGCUCUUCUUGUCAGCGUUAUCUCGAAGUCAUUCACCUGGGAGCUGCCUGGCGAGCGGCUCGUUCUGCCAAGUUGAAGUUGAAAGAUGUUGUGCUGGCCGUCAUUGACACGGGGGUUGAUACGACUCAUCCUGAUCUGGUCAAUCAAUUCUGGAGAAAUCCAGCUGACGGGUCUAUUGGAUUCAACUUCGCCAAGAACAAUACCAAUGUGACUGAUGUCCUUCGCCAUGGUACCCACUGCGCUGGCAGUGCGGUCGCCCAGACUAAUAACUGCAUUGGCAUUGCAGGAGUGGCUAACAUUGAAGGCCCACCGCCGAAGGUUAAGCUGAUGGUAUUGAAGAUCUUCGACGAUUCCGGUGUUGGCCUUUUGAGUUAUUCGCUGAGGGCCCUCAACUUCGCAGUUGAAAAUGGUGCAACAGUAUCCUCUCAUUCUUACCGCUGGUAUAACACAAGUGAGCUCCAGAAGGCUGCAUACAAGAAAGCCGCUGCUGCUGGACAUAUUGCUGUUGCUGCUGCUGGCAAUGAAGCACUUGAUCUAGAGAAGAACCGAACUUAUCCUUGCUGCCUCGCAGAGGAAAUCCCAUCUAUGCUUUGUGUGGCUGCCAGUACUUCUAAUCCAACCGAACCGGUCUCUCUUGCCGGAUUCUCGAACGCGGGAUUUGUUACGAAGGUUGCUGCUCCCGGUGUGGAUAUUUACUCGACGGUCCCCGGGGGUUUGUACUUCAAAACUAGUGGUACAUCGAUGUCGACCCCUAUAGUUGCUGGUGUCGCGGCCUUGCUCGCUACUCUCGGUCUUGAAGGCCAAGACAUAACCAGCACUAUUGUCAAAUCUAGAACGGCCGGUAUACCGAAUCCAUUCAAUCUAUCCCACAUCGGGGAAAUAGAUGUACUUGAAGCAGUGAAUAUCGCCCUUACCCAGUUGACGAACUGCUCCUCCUAUGGUCAGUAAGGUUGUCUCGAGGACUGUGGGACUCGUGAAUUGCUGAAGCAGAGAAAUGCAUCUACCUUUUUGUACAAUGGUUUUCCUCAUCUUUGCCGUUAUCCGAUUCAUUUUGAAAGGUUUUACGCCUACUUCCAGACAGCAUCAUUAAUAUUUUCCCGCAUUAGAAUCAGUUGAUAGUUUGAAAACUUUUUUGUGAUCGUAUCUCAGAUAUGUAUCGUCAUGGAAUACCCAUUCCUGUUGGGUAGAGUUUUCACCAAUAAGACAACUGAUCGUUGACGUCUUAAAAGCGUUUCCAAU